AUAGGAAUUUCCGUCAAAAAGUGUAUGUUUGACAACUGUAAGAAAAAAGUUUUAACUGUUAUUUCAUGCGCAAGGGCGUAGGAGUUGAGGAAACUGACUGCGCUAUAAUACAUUUGCAUUUUUGCACGACAGAAAAUGGUGGAAAUGUAGUCUGCUACCACGGAAAAGUUUAAAAGAAAAUUUAAGAUCUGUGGUGCGGAUUUUAGGAUUUUUCCGCUGUUGAAUGUUUGUGGAGAACUAGGAUAUUUAUUUUAGAAAUGAACGAACGGACAUUUUUAUUUGGUCUCUUAGUUUUCACGCUGAUUGUAGACAUCUCUUUAGGAGCUGUGUGUAAAGGCUGUCAUCAGACAACAUGUACGUGUGCUGGACAGAAGGGAGUCAAGGGUGUUGGAGGUUUGUCAGGCUUGAGGGGACCUAGAGGAUUGCCUGGAUUUUUGGGCCCAAUGGGUCGAGAUGGACCAAACGGAUUUUUUGGUGAUAGAGGAGAAUUUGGAGGCGAGGGACAACAAGGACCUAGGGGUGGAGCUGGUUCCCCAGGUUUUCCAGGAGUCCCUGGUACCCCAGGUACAGAAGGAAUAGAAGGUAUAGUUGGUCCACCUGGAUUUUCUGGCUGUAAUGGAACUAAGGGUUUAAGAGGAGCUGAUGGUAUCAAUGGAUUGCCAGGUUUACAAGGUUCUAGAGGAGAAUCUGGUCUAAGGGGUCCAAAGGGGGAACCUGGAGAUCUAGGGUUUCCUGGAUUAGGCUUCAAAGGAGAGACAGGAGAACCAGGCCAAUCAGGAUUAAGGGGCUUCCAAGGGAGACCUGGUUAUGAUGGUGAACCUGGAAUCGGAGGAGAUAAAGGUAUCCAGGGUAAACCUGGUAUUGAUGGUGUAACAGGUGCAAAAGGAGACAUGGGAAGACCAGCUGAAAUAAGACUUCAAGGAGACAAGGGACCCAAAGGUAUUCCUGGACCCCCAGGUCCACCAGGUUAUAUUCCCGAAAUUACAGGAACAAAUGGAACUGCAGUACCUGGGCUACCAGGAGACAAAGGAUAUAAAGGAGACCAAGGAAUUGAAGGAAAACGUGGUAUUCCUGGAAGUCCUGGAGAUGAUGGAAGGAAAGGAAUGGAUGGUGUUAAAGGGCCGUCAGGGGAACAAGGUCCAGAAGGCCGUAGGGGUAAGAGAGGUAAAGAUGGACCAACUGGGUCUUAUGGUCCAAAAGGAAUGGCUGGCAACAAAGGAAGGGAGGGUAUUGAUGGAUUUAAAGGAGUUAAGGGGAUAAGAGGAGAUACUGGAAGGCAGGGAACCAGAGGAGAUGAAGGACCAGUAGGUUAUCCAGGAGAUGUCAGAAAUGAUCUAGAUGGUCAGCCAGGGGCACAAGGACGUCCUGGAGAUGUAGGUUUUACAGGGGAGAAAGGAUUUUCUGGACGUGAUGGUGAAAUAGGAAUUUCUGGUCCACCUGGCCCCCCAGGUCUGCCUGGACUAGAUGGAUUGCCUGGACUCCGUGGUGCAACAGGAUUUUCUAUUCCAGGAGAGACUGGAGAAAGAGGAGGCUUUGGUAGAAACGGACAGCCAGGUAUUCCUGGAGCCACUGGACAGAAGGGUCAAACUGGAGUCCCUGGUAGUCCAGGACGUGAUGUAGUAGGUGAGCCAGGGUUCAGAGGUCGACCUGGUCGUGAUGGUGUUGAUGGCAUUUCUGGUCGUCCAGGAGACGAUGGAUUUCCAGGUUUGCCUGGUAUUCCUGGAAUUGGUCUUGAUAUCACGGGUCCACAAGGAUCCCCUGGAUUGUUUGGUGAGCGAGGUAAUGGUGGAGAUUACGGUCGUGAUGGUCUGCCUGGAAUACCUGGGUUUAAAGGAGGUAGCGGAGAUGAUUGUGGAAUUUGUCCAGGGGGAGCGCGUGGCUUCAAAGGAGAAUCUGGAUUGCCUGGUCUUCCAGGACUUGAAGGACUUGAUGGUUUACCAGGAUUACCUGGACAGAAGGGUGAGUCAGGAGUACCUGGUAAUAUGGGAAAUGCUGGUGCUGAUGGAAACCAGGGCCGACCAGGACGUCCUGGUGAGGAAGGAGCAACAGGACCUAAGGGUUUCCCUGGUGAUGUUAUAGAUCCUAACCCAGACAAAAUAUAUAGAGGCGAGCAAGGAGAGCCAGGAAGAUUUGGCUUACCUGGAAUGUUGGGAAGUCCAGGUGAAGCAGGUGAAAGAGGAAAUAUUGGUCUGUCAGGAUUACCUGGACAAAAGGGAAAUGCUGGUAGUGAUGGAUUUGAUGGAUUAGAUGGUUUGCCAGGUAUUCGAGGAGAACCUGGAUUUAAGGGUGAAGUAGGAGAUUCAUUCCCAGGAACUAAUGGAUUUCCAGGACCUAAGGGAAUAGCAGGAUUCGAUGGCUCACCUGGUGCAAAUGGACGUAAAGGUAUUAAAGGAGAGCCAUCUCAGCCUGUGAUUAACCCUUCAAUAGACAUACGUGGAGAUUAUGGGGAAAAAGGAGAACCAGGAUUGGACGGUUUUGCAGGAUUCCCUGGUCUAAAAGGAGAAUCAGGAGUGUCUGGCACGAAGGGAACACCUGGUUCUGAUGGAUUUCCUGGUCUAAAAGGAGGACCUGGACUUGAUGGAUUACCAGGAGCAGGUGGCUCAAAUGGACCCAAGGGAUAUUUUGGAGUCCCUGGUGAACCUGGAUUCCCAGGGCUUACAGGAAACUCUGGCCCACCCGGAGAAGAUGGACUACCUGGUUUCAAAGGACCACCUGGAGACAGAGGAUUACCUGGAAGAGUACCAGACAAUUUUGUGCAAGGACCACCUGGUGACAAUGGACGACCUGGACGUAAUGGAGACAGAGGUUUAGAUGGAGAACCAGGAAGACCUGGAUUCCCUGGCAAUGAUGGAAAUAAAGGAACAAGAGGUGAACAAGGUCGGGAUGGACUGUCAGGUGUACCAGGAUUUAAAGGAGAACAAGGAGAAUACGGAUUGAAUGGACUUCCUGGACCUGAUGGUGAACGUGGAUUUAAUGGACCAAAAGGAGAAAGAGGAUUUAAUGGUAUACCUGGUGACCCUGGGUUACCUGGAUUACCUGGUCUAUCAGGUAGGAAAGGCCAGCCUGGAUUUGCCGGUCCAGAUGGAACAAAUGGUGAGGAUGGUAGAACAGGUCCAAGAGGAACACCAGGCCUACAAGGCAUUAAUGGACUAAAAGGUUUACAAGGUGACAGAGGUGCAGGGGGUCCCAAUGGUAACCCUGGAAGGAAUGGAGUGGAUGGACAACCAGGCAUAACAGGUGAACCUGGGGAAAAUGGUAGAGAUGGAUUACCAGGAUCCAGAGGUAUAAAUGGAGAGAAAGGGGGACCAGGAGAAACAGGAUUUCCUGGUGCUGCUGGUGCUGAUGGACGACCUGGGCAGUCUGGCCUGAAAGGUUUAUCUGGAGAAAAUGGAUUCCCAGGUCAAAAAGGAUAUGCUGGUCCAGAUGGUCUCCCAGGUGUCUCAGGUCGUAAAGGUGAAAGGGGAUUCCCUGGACCAUCUAUUAAAGGAGAACAGGGUCCACCUGGGCGUCCUGGACUAGAUGGUUUACCUGGAUUACCUGGUCUAGCUGGUGACAAAGGAGAAAGAGGUGGCAUGGGACAACCAGGUCUCGAUGGUUUACCUGGUGACAAAGGAAUAUCUGGACCAAUAGGAGAAAUAGGCCAGUAUGGAUUAGAUGGGGUAAAAGGUCCUCCAGGAUCAGAUGGCCGUCCAGGGUUCCCUGGAGCAAAGGGGCUGAUUGGAGACCGUGGUUUAGAUGGAUUCCCUGGAUUAGACGGUCAGAGAGGAGAACCAGGUCUUAACGGUAUAAUUGGAGAGCCAGGACGUGAAGGUUUCCCUGGAUUACCAGGACUUGAUGGAAGAUCUGGAUUCCCAGGAUUACCAGGUGCAAAAGGAGGAUUAGGAGACAGAGGAAGGAAUGGUAAUCCAGGUACCCAAGGACCUGGUGGAGAUGCAGGAUUGCCUGGUUUCCCUGGAUUGAGGGGUAGCAAUGGAGAUAAUGGUCUAGGUGGAUUACCUGGUAUAACAGGAGAACCAGGAAGGCCAGGGGAUGAUGGUUUCCCAGGGUUACCAGGAGCCCCAGGAGAUGAUGCACCAUUUGAUUUCAGAGGAGCACCAGGUGAUCUAGGUUUACCAGGAAAUGAUGGAAGACCAGGUGUCAAAGGUCCUCGUGGAGAAGAAGGGGCUCCAGGAUUAAAUGGUCUUCCUGGAAUGAAGGGAAAUCCAGGACUCCAAGGAUUUGGAAUCAAAGGAGAACCUGGAGAUAAUGGAUUCCCAGGAAAUCCCGGAAAUAGUGGACCCAAAGGUUAUCCAGGCAGACCUGGAUUGAGUGGAUUAGAUGGACAAAAAGGUGAACGUGGUUUUGAUGGAAUUAAUGGAGAGCCAGGUCGUGAGGGAACACCAGGACUUUCAGGAUUACCAGGUGAAGAUGGUAUUGCUGCUCUUCCUGGAAAUAAAGGAGAAGGAGGAGAUUUUGGUUUUGAUGGUAGACCAGGGUUACCAGGAGAACCUGGAGCACAAGGUCGUAAUGGUUUCCGUGGGACGAGAGGUCAAGAUGGUUCAAGAGGACCUAAGGGAAUGGUGGGACAGAAUGGUCCAUCUCCAAUUGUAUUUCCUGGUGAUGGACCUAAAGGACAGCAAGGAGAACCUGGGUUCCCUGGUCAAAAAGGAGCCAAUGGUCGUAGUGGACUUCCUGGUGAAGAAGGUCCUAUAGGUAAAUCAGGAUUCCCUGGUCAGACAGGAGAGCCAGGUAUUCCAGGGCCAAAAGGGGAAUUAGGUAAUCCUGGUCUUGAUGGCUUUUCUGGACAGUCGGGUAGAGGAGGAUUAGAUGGGACACCUGGACCUCCAGGGGCUGAUGGAGCAAAUGGUAGACAGGGUGUUUCACCAGGAAUAUACUUUGCUAGGCACAGUCAAACAACAUUGGUUCCAGAAUGUCCUAGUGGUACCAGCAUAAUGUGGGAAGGCUUCUCUCUCAGUUUUAUUAUGGGUAAUGGAAGAGCUGUUGGACAAGAUUUAGGUACUUCAGGAAGUUGUCUGAGAAGAUUCAGUACCAUGCCAUUUAUGUUCUGUAACAUCAACAACGUUUGUAAUGUGGCCAAUAGAAAUGACUACAGUUACUGGUUAUCUACCUUGGAACCCAUGACACCAAUGAUGAACCCUAUCUCAGGACGUCCAUUACAGAAUUACAUUAGCAGAUGUGCUGUCUGUGAAGCUGUUGGAGAGGUAAUGGCAGUCCAUAGUCAAACAUUGAGACUACCAGAAUGUCCUGUUGGAUUCAGUAGCAUGUGGAUUGGAUAUAGUUUCUUGAUGAACACUGGAGCUGGUGGUCGUGGCUCUGGUCAGAAUAUGCAGUCCCCUGGAUCUUGUCUGGAAGAUUUCAGAGCAGCUCCAUUUAUAGAGUGCCACAGUAGAGGCACAUGUAAUUAUUAUGCCACUUCUCUCAGUUACUGGAUAGCUACGAUAGAACAAUUUAAUCAAUUCCGAAGACCAAUAGGUGAAACUCUAAAAGCAGGAAACUUAAGAACAAGAGUUGGUCGUUGUCAAGUUUGUAUGAGAGGCUAAUUUAAUGGGUUGUUUUGACUUUAAUCUACACUUGACAUGUUGUCUAAAAACUGAAUCGAUUGAUCAUACAUGUGAAUAAAUAAAAUGUUGAUUUGUUUAUGUCAAAAGUUAUUCUAUGCUUCUGUAAGAUGUAUGAAUGUGUGAGAAAGUUGUGAUUUCUUUGCUCGCUCAAACAAUAUUGAUAUGUCCACUUUCAUUAGUUUAUAUGUAUAGUAUUAUUUGUAGAAUAAAAAAAAUGUUUGAUGCUAGGCAAGAUUAUUUAACAGACAGGAAAUUGAACCAAAUAAUUUUAGAUGGAAAAAAAAAGUUUUAAAUAUUGUAAUGAAGAGAAAGCAAAACAGAAAACAGGGGAGAAAAUAAUACAGAUGUAUCUAGAUAAAUUCAGUACUGAAUCUAAAGCUAGUUGUAUGAGGGAAUGUUAUUUUAUGUCUGAAUAAUGGGGAAAAUUUCAACAAAUGACUGCAUUUUUUUAACGUACUGUUUUAUAAUUAAUUAUUCAUUGGAAAUAAGAGAUGGCUUAUAAGAAAGGGCUAACUGACCUUGCUUAAAUAACAUUGCACGUUAGAAAAUAUAGAAUGUUUAUGACAAAAAACCACAAGGUGGAGAGAAAAUGUUACAGCAGAUUCACUUGUUUGUGUUUAGUAUUGAGGAAUGCAAUGUUAGCCCUCUUCAGAUCCAUUCAGUACUGGAUUUAAUUCAUAUAUCAUGAAAAUGUAGUUUGAUUCUCUUUGCAAUUUUAGUAAAGAUGUAUGAAUUAAAAGUUUAGGGAGGGAUGUCUUAAGAUUUAAGGGUUUUUUCUUUCAUCAUUGCAUUAAGCUCAAAUUGUAUAAUAGUUUUUUUUUACUGAUUUCAUAAGGUGCUAUGGUUGUAUGUAUUGUUUUUGAAUUUUCAUUGUAUACUUUAUGUUUAGUUUAUUUGCUAAUGUAUGGGGGGUUAUAUGAUUUUUAUCAUCAACUUGCAUUGAUGAAAAUGGAGAGAAUACUCAAUUUGUAGGACUUGAUAUGGACAAAAUACAUUUUAAACUGUUAUAUGGUUUCUGAAUUUGAUACUGUACUCAAAGCUUCUUUUAAUGGUUAUGAAAAAUUAAACAUAUUUCAAGGUAAUUAUUUUAUUUUAUUAAAUUUGAGUUCCCCUUCAUGAAUCACACUGAAAACAAUCAUUGUAAAGAUUGUUUAAUGAAGAAGGAACAGGUACCACAAUGUCUUUCAACGACUUUUUGUUUACUUUUUUUUUGUUGAGAUUAUCUGUAUUUUUUAAUAGUAUCAUUCUAUUAUGAGUCUGUACAAUAAUUUGUAAUAAGAAUUUUCAAUAAUUAUACUUCAAAAUCUUGGUUUUCUUUUAUUCAAAAGUUUAAUAUUCUGUUGGUUGAAUGUAUUAAAUUGUCUCAAAAAAAAUUAAACCUUUAGUCAGAUAUUUUUUGUCUCUAGUCAGUCAAUAAAUCUUUUUACAACCAA